GUCAAGUUGUUUCGCUGCGUAGGGAAAGUUUUCUCCCUUUUUUUUUUAACCCCCUUCUUUCAUUCAGUGCUGUGGAAAGAGCAGAGAAUCUAGUCCCAGGUCUUGUCAUGACUGGAGAGUUGCUCCCCUUGUCGUAGCAGGGAAACAUGGAGUAUAAACAGUACAUCUUUAUUUCUCUAUGGCUGGGGUGCACACUGCUCCAAUUUAUCGGUGCGUGCCCGGAGCGGUGCUUUUGUUCUAGAAACCAUGUGCGGUGCAUGUUUAUCAACUCGGAGACUAUACCACAGAAUAUACCCGGAGAUACGACCCUGCUAGAUUUUAGAUUUAACAAAAUAAAAAGAAUUCCAAGAGGCAGUUUCCCAACACUACCUAACCUAAAUACGUUACUUUUAAAUAAUAACGAGUUAGAAGAAAUUGAAGAAGAUGCCUUUCAAGGUUUGCCAGAACUACGAUUCCUGUAUCUUUACAAAAACAAGAUUUCAAAAAUUCAUCCAAAUGCUUUCCGUAGCCUUUCUCAUUUGGAGCAACUUUCUCUGCACAGCAAUCUACUCACUAAGUUUCCUGAACACUUAUUUGACAACAAUCCCAACCUUAAAAGGCUACGGUUAGACUCCAACUCUCUUAUGUGUGACUGUGAUAUGAUGUGGCUAGCAGACAUGUUAAAGGAGAAACAAGGCUUCACUCAGGCUGCGGUCAUAUGUAAAUAUCCCAGCAAAUUCCAGGGGAGGUCACUUAUGGCUAUUUCCAAAGAAGACUUUCACUGUGAAAAACCCAAGAUCACAAUGGAGCCUAAGAGUGUUGAUGUCACAUUUGGCAACACAGUUUACUUCUCCUGUCGAGCAGAGGGUGACCCACAGCCAGAGAUAACAUGGCUACACAAUGAUAAUGUCAUUAAUCCUGGUUCUGAAGAGAGAUAUAAAAUUAUGGCUGAUGGAACGUUGAUGAUAGAAGGGGCUCAAGAUUCUGACAAAGGUUUUUAUGAGUGUAUGGCAAGGAAUGCUGCAGGAAUGACCAAAGCUAAUAAAGUCGAGCUUAGAUAUCUAAGUGAUGAAGCUGUUAUGCCUAAGUUCAUGGAAGCUCCAAGUGAUGUCUCUGUUAUAGAGGGUGAUGAUGUAGUAUUGCCAUGCCAAGCUUCUGGGAAACCUCGCCCCGAGAUCACCUGGAAUAUCAAUUCUGAGCCAGUAACCUCAAACAUACGAAUGCGAACACUGGCAAAUGGGUCACUGUCUAUCAUAAAUAUUCGUGUCUCUGAUGCAGGGCGCUAUGUAUGUCAGGCCUCUAAUUCUGUCCAGACAAUAACUACAGUAGCAAAUGUCAGAGUGCUAGUUCGCCCAGUGAUUGUUUUGCCCCCUGAUAAUGUCAGAGGCUCUCCAGGUGCCACAGUUAGCUUCAAUUGUCAAGCUAGAGGAGACAGUCAACCUGUUUUGUAUUGGAGCAAAGAUGGCAGCCCAUUACCCAAUAAUGGCAGAUUUGAAAUUUUGAGAAAUGGAGAGACACUGAGAAUCAACAGUGCUGUAGCAGCAGAUCAAGGAACUUACACUUGUAAGGCAGAGAAUGCUGCUGGUUCAGUUUCUGCAAAUGCCCGGCUAUUUUUCCCAGAAAAUGUGAUUUCAGUCCAACCAAGUUUUUCUCAAUCCACUGAUCUUGUGUCUGCUGUGGUUGGGAAUGCUCUAACCAUUCAGUGUGUUGCUGAAGGGAGACCAGAACCUAUAUAUGAAUGGAUCAGAGAUGGAAGAGUUAUCCACAAUAGGAACAGAAUCGUCAUUCAGGGAGGAAUUUUAACUAUCAAUGGAGUAAAUCGUAUUGAUGCAGGCAGAUAUGAUUGUGUAGCAGAAAAUUCUCUUGGGAGAGCUACAAAAUCUGUAUUUUUACAAGUUGAAGAUAAUACAGUAUCAAGAGCCGGAGACAGAUUUGUCAGCAAUGCUGUACCACAAGCUACUCAGCAAAUCAACUAUGCUAUCAAUGUCACACGCAAUCAGUUGUUUAACCAUAGCCGUGUGCACUCUGUCCAGGAUCUCAUCUCUGCUAUCCGCUAUCCCUCCCCAGAAUCUUUGGACUUUGUUCGAGCUGAAGAAAUAUUUGAACAGACCCUGGAUAUCAUCUACCAACAUGUGAAUGAAGGACAUAAGUACAAUUUAACUGGGGCUGAAAUCAGCUACCAAGAGCUGGUGUCUCCUGGCUAUGUCAAUCUUAUUGCCAACUUAUCAGGAUGCUUAACCCAAAUCCACUCAAUAGAUUGUUCAGAUAGUUGUUUUCAUAGACGCUAUCGUACACUUGAUGGCACCUGCAACAACUUCCAGAACCCCACCUGGGGUGCGGCAAACACUGCAUUCAUCAGACUGCUUCCUCCUAUUUAUGAAAAUGGUUUUAACUCACCCGUGGGUUGGAACAAACACAAGUUGUACAGGGGAACACAUUUGCCAAGUGCUCGUCUGGUCUCGUCUCUUCUCAUGUCAGCAGAUGAUCAGAUCAUUAAUGAUGACAAUUUUACUCACAUGUUGAUGCAGUGGGGACAAUUUCUUGACCAUGACCUAGAUUUAUCACCACAGGCACUAAGCUACGCCAGGUUCAGUGAUGGAAGAAACUGUAAUGAGACUUGUGAAAACACCAAUCCUUGCUUCCCAAUACCAGUGCCAGCCUCUGACCCACGCAUCACUGAGCAUUCCUGCCUGGGUUUCACCCGCAGCAGUGCCACAUGCAACACUGAUGCCACAUCUUUAUUCUACAAGACUUUGAUGCCCAGACAACAGCUGAAUGCCCUGACAGCCUUCAUCGAUGGCAGUAUGAUAUAUGGAAGCAAUGAACGAUUCUCAAACACUCUCAGAAACUUGGCUAGCAAUAGAGGUCUACUUAGAGAAGGUCCAUCAAGUGUUCCAGCCAGACGUCUUCUCCCAUUUGAUGAUGAGGAUUUAAUACAUAGGGCAGACUGUCAGCUCGAGUCCAAUAAACGCCAUGUUCUCUGUUUCUUGGCUGGUGACCACAGAGCAAAUGAGCAGCUGGCUCUAACAGCAUUUCACACCCUGUGGAUGAGGCAACACAACCAUAUUGCCACAGGACUUCAAAGGAUAAACCCACACUGGGAUGGAAAUAAAAUAUUUUUUGAGGCUAGAAAGAUAAUAGGAGCUAUAAUACAGCACAUCUCAUAUAAACAUUGGCUGCCCAAAAUCCUUGGUCCCAAAGGAAUGACCAUGCUGGGCAACUAUACUGGCUACAAACCUGAUGUGAAUCCAUCUAUUGCUAAUGAGUUUGCCACAGCAGCUCUAAGGUUUGGUCACACUCUGAUCCAGCCAUUGCUCUUCAGAUUGAAUGAAUCAUUUCAAGAGAUUGAGCAUGGACAUCUUCCCUUACACAAGGCAUUCUUUGCUCCAUACAGGCUCAUUGAGGAGGGCGGUAUUGAUCCCUUGAUCAGAGGUCUGUUUGGAAGAGCCACCAAGAAAAGGAUGCCAGGUGAAUUUCUCAACUCGGAACUUACAGAGAAACUUUUCAUGAUUUCUAACGCUAUUGGUCAAGAUCUUGCCUCUUUAAAUGUCCAGAGAGGCCGAGAUCAUGGUCUUCAGUUUUAUAAUGACUACAGAGAGUUGUGUGGACUGAAACGAGCAAACAGAUUUGAAGAUUUACACAAAGAAAUUCAAUUUAAAGACACAAGAGACAAGUUGCAUGCACUCUAUGGACAUCCAGAUAACAUUGAUUUGUUUAUUGGAGGAAUAAGUGAAACAAUGGUUGAUGGUGCUAAAGUAGGGCCCACCUUCUUGUGCAUCCUAACUGACCAGUUUAAGAGAUUGCGAGAUGGUGAUAGGUUUUGGUAUGAAAGAGAAGGCAUUUUCACACAAGAACAAAUGUUUGCCCUUCAGCAGACAACUAUAGCAACAGCCAUAUGUGACAGCAGUGAUGGUAUAACUCAAGUUCAGAAGGAUGUCUUUAUGCGCGUCCAAAGUGAAGAUGAGUAUGUCAGCUGCAAUCAGAUCCCGAGGCUAGAUCUAUCUCACUGGACAGACUGCUGUGAAGACUGCAGAUCCAGAGCAACGCUAUCUGCCCCAAAUAGAUUCAGAGGGAGACGCUCAGCUGAAUAUAGCUACCCUGACCAGCGUCCAGUGAACACUAGCACAGAACAUACAGAGACUCCCAAAGCCACUGAGACUGUUCCAAGUACCAGUGAAAAGAUGGAAAGAAAAAGUGAAGAGAAAGUAGAAAAGUUUCCAGUAGAAGAAGAAACCCAGCACUGUGAGAGAGAGGAUGUUGAUUUACUAGACAGUAGGCUGGAGGGGAUGGAGGAAACUAUGAUGGAAAUGGCACAAAUAAUCUCACAGCUCAAAAAGAAGAUCCAAGUUUUAGAAACCACUAAGAGCAGUAGACAUAAACAGAGCAGGGACCACAGCAAGAAGAUAGUCAGGAAGGGUGAACAUGAGUCAAGGAGGCUGCAUCACUUGAACAAUUAAGGAUGGUCAUGUAGUCUGCCAAAGAGGUAACUGCUAAGGUGUAACCAAGUUUGUCACAUACCCUUUGGAAUACAGUUCAAGCAUUGAAUGCAUAAUGUCUGACAUCCAUGACUUGACAACUUGCCACCAGAUCAAAUAGAAUUAUCUCAUUCUUUUUUUUUUUAAGAAAUCACAUUUAUGUAGAGUGACAUUCUUGAAAACAAUUUCUAAAACAAAAUAUAUUUUAAUACAGCACCAGGAACUAGCAAUACUAUCAAGAAAAUGAGUUGAGUUCUGUUGCUCAGCAGCCAAUUCAAAAUGAAAAUGUUUUGAUAACAUUAUUUUGGGGGAGGUGAAAAAAGGUGUUUUGUUGUCAAUACUUUUAUUGUCCACAAAUAUAGCUCUGGUCUAGUUCUCAAAGUAUAUUGUGAUCAAAUGGAAUGCAUGUAUCAUGUCCCUUGUUUUCUAUACAGUUAUGAACGAUUUUCAGCUAGACAGUGUAUGUAAACCAGCUUUUAGUAUGUCAUUGGAUGGAUUGAAAAAUGAUUUGAUUCUUUGUUUUUGACACAACAGCUGAUGGUAAUACUCAAUUUCAUUUGUAUCUAUCCCAGAAGUUGAUCAUUCCAGUUUAUCUUCCCUUCAUUCUCACUCUUAGGACUGGAAGUAUCUUUUAAAUUGACUUUUAAUCUUACUGUGACUUCCAUGUAAGCUUUUAACAUCUCUGUUGUAGAAUGUACACUUUAGAAACAGCAGAAUCAUUUUUUUAAUGCACUAGUUCACAUUAUAGACAUUUAUGUUUGUUUUAUUUGUGAUCACAUUAUAGACAUUGAUGUUUGUAUUAUUUGUAAUCACAUUAUAGACAUUUAUGUUUGUAUUAUUUGUGAUCACAUUAUAGACAUUGAUGUUUGUAUUAUUUGUAAUCACAUUAUAGACAUUUAUGUUUGUAUUAUUUGUGAUCACAUUAUAGACAUUUAUGUUUGUAUUAUUUGUGAUCACAUUAUAGACAUUGAUGUUUGUAUUAUUUGUGAGUUUGUGACUUGAAAAAAAAAAUCAUUCAAUAUAGUACAUGUGUGCCUUACAAUGUGGUGAAAUUUAUUACAGUGUUAGGAGACUUGUAUAGACCAUAAUAGUUGUAAAACCUUGAAUGUGUAUAAUGAAACUAAGGAACUCUUGUUCCAGUACAACAAAAAUAAAAAGCAUGAGCAAAAACAACAAAA